UUGUUGCCGGUGCUGGUGCCGGAGCGCCAUACAGCACCUGCCGUCCGUGGCGCGCGCGGGUCGGAGGUCAGCCGGCUCGAGCCGAGCGGAGCCUGGCGGAGCCUGGCGGAGCCGAGCAGCUGGGCUCGCCAGGUGAUGCGCCCUUUGAAGUGCCUCCGAUAGCGGCUCGCAGCGCAGCGGCAGCGCAGCGCUGUGUGGUUUGUCACGGGCCCGCCGCGCGACCGCCGCACUGGCCGCACGGGCCAUCUCCAACGACACACACUGCUGCGCGGGGCAGCGGCGGCUGCUGGCCGCAUCGUGUUGGCCGGUCUGUUAGUUCACUGGCGCCGGGCGGAGCAGGACCGCAGUGCAUGCGCAGCAGUCUUCAUCUUCAUCCUCAUUUCUUAUGCAUCCCGCAGCAGGAACUUGGCGGUAUCAAUUGGAGUGCGUCUCGGCCUCGUCGGCCAACAAGCGGGGUGGGGGAGCCCGCGAGUGAAAGGGGUAAACAAAGGUGUGCCCUCGCCUCGCUCUCUCGCGGCUCUGGUCGCGGUGUGCCCCGGCCACGUUAUCGCCCGGCCCGGCCCCGCCACGCCGCGCCACGCCGCGCCCCGGCUGCCUGUUAUCGGACACACCAAUGCCCCCCAGGGCCGCGGCCCGCCCGGCCCGCCAGGCCCACCAGGCCCUCGCCGAUAGCUGUGAAAGAGGUGACGAGGCAGCGCGUGUGUGAGGCUCGGUGCGCUGCGCCCCCAUGACGCUGCUGCCCGCGCCCUGGUGACCGCCCUCCUCGUCGCCCUCGACCUCUUCCCCCUCUUCGCCGUCGUCGCCGACCUGUCGUCGGCCGGAGCAGGAGGCCCUCGCUGCCGUCGCCAUCCGCCGCCCAGCGCAGCUGCAGCCCCUGCCCCCUGCCGGGCAUGAUGCGAGAACUGGACACCGUCAGCCCCGUCGUGUGGCCGGCGUGGUGCUACUCAGGUGAGACUCGGGGAGCGGCUGCUGCUGCUGGGACUGCUCGGGUCCAGGUGCCGCCUCCUUUGGGCUGGAGCCCCGGCUGGAGCCUUGGCUGGAGACCCCGUGGCGGGCAGCCUGAGUCGGAGUCAAGCGGCGUGGCGAGCGCGGACGUGCUGCGGCCGCACCCUCAAGCCCCGCUGGCGUCCUCCAUGGCCUCCUCGUCGUCGUCGGCCUCGUCAGUGCGCCCCUCGGCCGCGAGCGCCCUGAGCGGGGGCGCGAGCGCUCACCGGAAGAGGCGCUCCGUGCCCCGCUCCUACGAGAGCCCCACCACGGCGCUCAACGGCGCGCGCUCGGCCAUCAAGUCGGAGCGGCUGUCUCCCAGCGGCGGCGGCGGCGGCCUGGUGGGCGACAGCGCCUCCACCUCGUCGCUGUCGCGGAGCGGGACGCCCUCGUCGCCACCCGCGUCCUCCGUCGGCCACCCCGCGGGCACCAGCCCCGCCGCCAGCCCGUCCAGGACGGCGUCCAGCAACAAUAACAACAGCACGCUGAACAACAACAACAUCAGCAGCCACCUCAAAGCCAUGGAGGACAGCGUCACGCACAACUACAGCGAGUUUAUGCGGAACCUGGCCGCCAAGUACCAGUACGUGCACCCGGACGAGUUCUACAGUGCGACGCGGAACGGCUUCCCCGCGGCGCUCGACCCCCGCUUCCCCUACAAGGCUGGCGUCGGGGCGUCGCCCUUUCUGAUGCCGCCGCUGGGGCCGCUGCCCGGCGUGCCCGUGCCUCCCGGUGUCGUCUCCCCCCUGCACCACCUGGCGGCGCCCGCCAGCGUCGGCGCCACGCCCGCCAAGGAGUCGGCGCCGUCGGCGUCCUCGUCCGGCGGCGCGGGCAGCGCGUCGCGCAUCGCCAGCCUGGCGCUGGAGCGCCAGAGGGAGCGCGAGGCGCGCGAGCGGGAGCGCGAGGAGGGCAGCAACCACAGCGACGCGCCCCACAAGGCCAAGUCGCCGCCCUCCUCGGUAGCCAGCGCCACCUCGGCCGUGUCGGACGGCGCGCACUCCAGCCUGCUGUUCUCGCCGCUGUUCUCCGGGUCGCUGCCCGGCACCUUGCCCGGAGCGCUGCCCGGCGCCGUGCCCGUCAUGGACAUGAGCUCGACGCAGGCGCUCGUGAGCAUGGUGCAGCGCUCGCACCAGAACCAGCUCGAGACGUACCUAAAGGGCGCGCACAAGCGGCCCGCCGAGGCGGCGCCCUCGCCGCUCAGCCCCCUGGACCUGUCGUCGGGCGCGGCGCCGCCCAAGAAGAGCCGCAAGCGCGACCUGGUGGGCGGCGACCUGUACGGCGUGGACUCGCUGCUCGGGCUGCCCAGCAGCCUGAUCCGCAGCUCCAAGGAGCGGCUCGCCACCAGGACGCCGCCGUCGCGGGCGCUGUCCUCGCCGCGGCUGGCCGCCCCCGGGACGCCGCCCGCCGCCACCGCCGCCCCCGGCUCGCCCAGCCCGCUCACCUGCAGCGCGCUGUGCUCCACCACGGGCCACGCCUCCGCCGACUGCAGCGCUAGCGACGCGGCCAACAUCGCGCACUGGAGCGUCGGCGACGUCUGCAACUUCGUGGGAUCCAUCGACCUGUGCGUCGAAUACGUCCAGGCGUUCCGGGACCAGAGGAUAGACGGGUCCGCUCUGCCCCUGCUCACCGAGGAGCACCUGCGCCUACAGAUGAAGAUGCGCCUGGGCCCGGCGCUCAAGCUGCGCUCCGUGCUGGCCAAGCGGCUGGGGCACUGCAGCGUCUGCCUGCACUGCGUGCACUGCCACAACGUGACGCCGUCCUCCGCACCUGCCGGCGCGACGGCCUCGUCCGCCACCCCCACGACCACCACCGGCGUCACCUCGUCACCGCCAAGGACGCCGUCGACCUCGUCGUCCGGCUCGGCCACCCCGGUGGCCUCUGGGGCGUCGAACUCGGACAACUACAGCGCCGCCUCUUCGCCUAAGCCGGUGGCGCCUGGCCCAGUGUCGUCGCAGCCCAGCACUGCGGUGUGAGAGGACUGCAUGUCUCUAUAUGCAGAUGGCAAAUUGUGAUAUAGCGUUCUGGAAUCAACGCUAGCCUAUUUAGAGUGCAUUUUCUUUUCUUGUUAGAAUUGUCUUUCAAGUGUCAGCCUCUUUGUGUUUGUUUGUGUUUUUAUUAAUUUGACUCAAUUAUGAAGGUCUGUGCUGAAAAUAAUAGAAAUCUUCACUUGAAAAGAACAAUAUUUAUAAAAGUUUGGUAUGCUCCCUGAGCGCAAAUUAGAGAAUUGAAAAUAGCACUACUUCUUAUAGUACAAUUAUUAAUAUCCAAUGUAACUUGUUGAAUGGUAAAUAGCAUGUUUCAACCCCUCUGAUUUUUCUUAAUUUAUUGUUGUUGUUUUUUGAACUUAUGGCUUGUUAGUCAUAUAAUUUUCAAAUGAAUUCAGUGGUCGCAAUGACUUUUCCUAGGUCAUAGUCCCUGAGGCAGAAAAAUAUGCACACUCUUGUUAUGGUCACCGUCAAACGGAAUUACUUGCACUAUUUAUAGUCUAGGCUCUAUGCAUAUCGAUGUCUGUGAUAUACUCCUGAAUAUAUAUUAGCUGGAUCGAAGUGCAAUUUAGUUUAACUUUGUUAUUCUUGCCUAGUCCAGCUUAAGAGAUGCUGUAAGAACUACUUUACUUUAUUGCCCUGGAGAAAUUUCGCAUGUACCACUUUGUUUCAUUGUAUUAUACUUUUCGUUAUCCUGCAGUGAAACAAAGUUUGAGUGUAAACGGCAGACACUUUGGGUUAUUCUGGAGAUUGAUGACUUGUCAUCACAGUAUGUGCCAAACUAGGAUUUCCAAUACCUGUACAAAGUUUCAUUUCUUGUGCAUACUUAUUAUUCUUAUGACUUCAAUAACUAGAUUUACUGAUACAUAAUUUAUGUUUGCACCCAAAGAAAUGGGGUAUUGCUGAACCGUCCAAACAAUACUUUCACCUCUAAAAGCAUGAUAGGUGGUGAGACUAGCGGAACUACUUACAACUAAUUUUUACAUCUAAAUCAUGUUUCAAAAAUAAAGUUAAAGGCCUCUUUAGAAAUUUUUCUUCUUCAGUCAAGGUAACUUCAGAUAGACUACAACAGGAAUAAACCGUGGACAUAGGUGCACUUCAGUCAAAAAUGCCAAUAAUUGGAACCAGAUUUUAGUUUUAAUAACCUUGUGACUGCUAAUGUUUUAAUUGAUGUUUAUUAAUCAUCUGAAACAUAGGGUAAUGUAGAAUCAUACAUCUAAAAGAUAUGUGUAUGAUUUUUAAUUUGUCUUUAUCUAAACCAGUUUUGCAUAUUAUAGGAUUGUAAAUUUAAAAGUGUAUAUAAGUGUAAAAAUUAUUACUUAGUUCUAAUUAUUUCCUUGUUUUCAUAUGAAAAAAGAUGGCGAAUUGUGAUAUAUUAUGUCCUGAUGGAAAUUAAGUACUCUUUUCCAAUGGUAGUAGUUAUUGUAAAUCCUUUCUUAAAGCCACAGAGAAAGUGGUCAAGGUUCACUAAGCAAGCAGUGUGCCUUAUUUCCUAUUCGUUAAAAAAAGUACAUUUCCUUGAAGGAAAUUAAAGCACUGAAUUAUGUGUGAUGUUCCUUACAGUAUUUGCAAAUAAAUGUUAUCGUCACUGUUCCAUGA